GUGCGCGUGCGCGGCGCGGCCUUUCCUGCCUCUCCCCCGGCGGCGGCGCGUGGCUGAGCGGCGAGUGCGCGAGCGCGAUGGGCCACCAGCAGCUCUACUGGAGCCACCCGCGCAAGUUCGGGCAGGGCUCGCGCUCCUGCCGCGUGUGCUCCAACCGGCACGGCCUGAUCCGCAAGUACGGGCUGAACAUGUGCCGGCAGUGCUUCCGGCAGUACGCCAAGGACAUCGGCUUCAUCAAGCUGGACUGAGGCUGCAGACACGGCUCGGAGAGACACGAGAAGAGGCUGAGGAGACCCGGGGGCCUCCCUGGGGGGGGCCUCUCGCCAUGCCUUGUGCACAGAGAAAUGGAUAGCUGCGCCUAACAAUAAAUAAAGAGGGCUUUCCUUGA